AUGAAUUCUGAAAAACAACCUAUUGACGCAGAAGCUGAAAAUGGCAAUUAUCGUGUACUGGUCACUGGUGCCACAGGUUAUUUGGCAAUUCAUUGUAUUAAGCAGCUACUAGAAGAAGGAUACAAGGUUCGUGGCACUGUUCGAGAUUUGAACGCCAACGAGAAAAUCAGCCCGUUACAAAAAUUGGCAAACAGCGAUAAUUUAGAGCUUAUUCGGAUGGCUCUAGAAGAUGAACCUGACCGAUGGGAAAAAGCAGCUCGAGGUUGUACGUAUGUCCUGCAUAUAGCAAGCCCGUGUUCAAUAAAACCAGAUAGAAAAAUAAUUCAAACUGCUGUUUCUGGUGUUAUAAAUGUACUUCGCGGCGUUGCUCAAGCACAGUGUGUACAAAAAGUUGUGAUCACUAGUUCAUCUGGUGCAAUUAAUGUUAAGUUCAAUUUUUAUGAUGCGCCAAAUCAGCUGAAAGUAAUCACUUAUCGAUGCAUCAAUUCAAAUUUUUACUUCAGAGAUUGGUCUAAACUUACUAAAUGCAUUGUAGGUCAUAAAAAUAAAACCAAAGUAUUUAUGGAAGAAGACUGGACAAAUCUAAAGUGGAAAUAUCUUCAUCCUUAUCACAAGAGCAAAACGUUAGCUGAACAAACAGCUUGGAAGUUUAUGAGGGAAAAUCCAGAUGUUUCGUUUUCACUAACAGUUCUCAAUCCUACUUUAUUAGUUGGACCAUUGUUACAGAAUACCAAAGGAGCGAGCACGACGAUUAUAAGUCGAUUUGUUGAUGGUUCUAUGGCAGCAUAUCCACAAAUGGCACUUGGUUUAGUUGACGUACGUGACGCUGCUUAUGCACAUAUUUUGGCAAUGAAAGAAGGACGAAGUAACGGACAACGAAUUUUAAUAACAGCUGAAACGCUUUCUUUUGCGGAAAUAGCUCACAUCUUGAGAAAAGAAUUUGCUGGCCAAGGUUACAGCAUUCCACGAUUCAAAGCUCCUUAUCUUUUGUUAUGGCUGUAUGCUUGGUUGGAUUCUGAUGCUCUAGAAGCUCUACCACUAUAUGGCCAUGUGGACAAUUUUGAUAACUCAAAAGGUUGUCAAAUGUUGAAUAUAUCAUAUCGCAAGAUUGAAAAAUCUUUGAUUGAAAUGGUCAACAACAUGAUUGAACGGGGCAUGAUCCCUCAAAAGAAGCAGUAUUUGGAAGAAAAGAAACGGGCUGACCUAGUCAGAAAAAAGUCAAAUACAAUGUAUCCUGAUCGAGUAGCUAUUGUCAUGUAA